AUGAAGAUAGAGGGCAAAUAUCUUGAUGUUACUCAACCAGGUAAUGCUUAACCACCAAUCUGUCUUGACAAUUAAUAUUUCAAUGGUUAGGCUUGUAGCUCAUAUUCCUAUUUGUAUCUAAGAAAUGAUUUAUUGUGCGACCUAAAAAUACCUAUCAAAGGUGUGAAAGAAUAUCAAAAUCUUCAAAUAGAUUUUUGGAUGCUACUUAUAUCUGAAUAAACCUAGGUGAAUGUCAUUUAUAUAACUAUUGGAGGAGUCGCAAUUUCACUAAAUUUCCCAGUUUUGAAUGAUCUAUUAACUGUUUACUGCAAAAAUUUAGCUUCUGGAUAACUCAGUACUGCUACACCAACCUUCAAGUUCCUUAUGAAAUAAAUUUGUCAUAGUAUGUAAGUAUUCACAAUAUGA